GACUUCAAUUAAUUGCGAAAUGUAGCCAUUAUUCUGAUCCUUAAAAAUAUUUUAUACAAGUUAUCCAAUUCCAGUUCCUGAAAAGUCACUAAUUUGUAGUUAUCAAAAGAACCAAUGGUUCACCUCAGGGCUCCAAUCGCUUGAACUUGACAGACGUCAAAAUCAUAUCGUGAGUUGGCACAUUUUUAAAAAGACGUUCGGGAUAAUUUUAACUAACUGGGAUUGCAUGAUAUACGAAUGGCGGCUCCCCAGCAGGACGAUGAGCGCGUUAAGGCGCUGACCCAAUACCGCACCAAGCUUCUCGAGCACCGUGAGAUCGAGUCGCGGUUGAAGGCUUUAAGGGACAAGCACAAGGAGCUAAGUGCCCAGUACGAGAAGUCCGAGGAGAACCUGAAGGCGCUGCAGAGCGUUGGCCAGAUGCUCGGGGAGAUCCUAAAGCAGCUAACCCCGGACAACUUUAUCGUGAAGGCCUCGAAUGGUCCGCGCUACGUGGUCGGCUGUCGCCGGCAAAUUAACAAGGAGAAGCUGAAGGCCGGCACUCGGGUCGCCCUUGAUGUGACCACCCUGACCAUCAUGCGCUACCUGCCGCGGGAGGUGGACCCCCUCGUCUACAACAUGACCCACGAGGAUCCGGGCAACGUGAACUAUGCCGAAAUCGGAGGACUGGGCGAGCAGAUCCGCGAGCUGCGCGAGGUCAUCGAGCUGCCACUGCUCAAUCCGGAUAUCUUCGUGCGCGUCGGCAUCCAUCCGCCGAAAGGAUGUCUUCUUUACGGGCCACCCGGCACCGGGAAAACCCUUCUGGCCCGCGCCAUCGCCUCUCAGAUGGACGCCAACUUCCUCAAGGUGGUUUCUUCGGCCAUCGUGGACAAGUACAUUGGCGAGAGUGCCCGGCUAAUCCGCGAGAUGUUCGCCUAUGCCCGUGACCACCAGCCGUGCAUUAUUUUCAUGGACGAGAUCGAUGCCAUCGGAGGCCGACGAUUCUCAGAGGGAACCUCCGCCGAUCGCGAGAUUCAGCGUACGCUUAUGGAGCUGCUCAACCAGAUGGACGGCUUCGACGCCCUGGGCCAGGUGAAGAUGAUCAUGGCCACCAAUCGGCCGGACACACUCGAUCCUGCCCUGCUGCGUCCUGGGCGUCUGGAUCGUAAGCUCGAGAUUCCGCUGCCCAACGAGGUGGCCCGCAUGGACAUCCUCAAGAUUCACGCGGGACCGCUGUCCAAGCGCGGGGAAAUCGACUACGAGGCGGUGGUCAAGCUGUCGGAUAUGUUCAAUGGCGCCGAUCUGCGGAACAUUUGCACGGAGGCCGGUCUCUUCGCCCUGCGAUCCGAUCGGGAGUACGUCGUGCAGGAGGACUUCAUGAAGGCCGUCCGCAAAAUUGCCGACAACAAGAAGUUGGAGUCCAAAUUGGACUACAAGCCCAUCUAGAAACCAAUUUAAUGUUUUAAAUAUUAUCCAAGUAUAAGGUUAAUUACUGUUUCACACGCCAACAAGA